AUGGAGGGAAGGAAAGCGGAGGCGGAGGACAUGGCGGGAGGAGGCACCGCCGUGACCAGCUGGAAGCUUUACGACAACCCUUUUUAUAAUCACCAUCAUCGCCGCCGCCACCGGCGGCGCUCCAGCUCGAACUCCGUCCGCGACCAAAGUGACUGUGCUCAGAUCCCCCUCCCGGCCCGGAAGCUCGCCGCUUCGCUCCGGGAUCUCACCACCUUCUUGCAGCCUGCGGGCGGCCGCGCAGAGGAGAUCGUCUCCGAGCUGUAUCUGAUCCGCUCGCGGGUCAAGGAACUGAAGGCGGAGCUCGAGGUCGAGAGGGGGCUGAGGAAGAACGCGGAGGCCCUGAACAGGGAGGUCGCCAGGGAGCUGUCGGACGAGAGGACGCGCCGGGAGGCCAAGGAGCGCGCCUGCGAGGAGCUGGCGGCGGAAGUUUCUCGGAGACGAGAGGAGAUGAACCUGCUGGGGAGGUCGGUGGAGGAGGAGAUGGCGAAGAUGCGGGUGCCGGAGGAGAAGCUGCCAGCCAUGGAAGAGAGUCCCUCGUCGGCGCGGAGAUGCGGCCCUUUGCGAGCGGGGGAAGAGGCUGAGAGAGGCGCAUCGGCGACGACAAGUCUUCCAAACACGGCUUCCAUCGGCAGCGACAGGAGCGGCGGUGCUUGGGGUCUGCGGCGGAGUCACCAUCUCAGGAAGGAGAUCGAGAAUCCUCACAUCAGGCGAGGGAUGAAAGGGUUCGUCGAGUUCCCCAGAGGCCCCCGCGUGCGCGCCUUCUCGUCACCCUGCUCGAGAGAAAGCGAAGAGGAUCCGGGCGCGAAGGUGGACUGCCAAAUGGCCCAGCUCCGAGUCCUCUUGAAAGGCCGGACUCCGCCAGGAUCCACCUCCUCCAGGCUUGAUCCGCUCCUGGCGUGA